UCUCUCUUGGCUUUGCGCGGCGAAUUUGCGGUCGUGGAGCGCCGUGGGCGCGGCGAGGCGCGUCGCGGGCGGACGCCCGGGUCGUGGAGCGCGGCGGGCCGUCGGCCGGGCACCACCUCGGGGGCCAACGCGCGUCGAAUCUUCUCGAGGCCUCCGAGAGCCGUGGCGGCCCCCCCGAGCCACACGCACGAGACCCCGUGUGCGGGCACGCUUCCUCAAGGAAGAUCUGUGUGCUGUGAUUUAUCACUAAGGGGGCCAAAACACGCGCAACAACGGACAACCCCACAGGACCGGGGGGUGCUUCUCGUGUCUCGGGAGGAAGGUCAGGGUCCACAAAGUUACCUUGACAGUAAAAAAUAACAGAAAAAAAAAACAAACGCUAGAAAGCGAUUACUUAUUACAUCCGCACAAAUCGUUGCGUUGCUACUUGUGACACUGACAUUAGAAAAAUUCGAUGCCUUCCAGGGACGAUAUUCGCUCCCUAUCCACUGAGCAACGCUGGAUCCCUCCUUCAACUGUUAGACGCGAUGCACUCACCCCAGAAAGCCGAAAUGAUCUCAUCUUUAGAAAGGUGCGGGGUAUUCUUAACAAGCUCACACCGGAAAAAUUCGCAAAGCUGAGCAACGACCUGCUCAACGUUGAGCUUAAUUCCCAUGUGAUUCUCAAGGGUGUUAUUUUCUUGAUCUUCGAAAAAGCACUUGAUGAACCCAAGUACAGUUCUAUGUACGCACGGCUGUGCAAACAGCUGUCUGACGAAGCCGCAAACUUUGAACCCCGUAAACCGAUCGAUGAAAGUCAAAAAGGCCAGAGCACAUUCAGAGUUCUUUUACUUAACAAGUGCAAAGACGAGUUCGAAAAUCGUUCAAAAGCAAGCGAGGCAUUCGAGAAUCAAGAUGAGCUUGGUCCCGAAGAAGAAGAGCGCCGGCAGGUGGCCAAGCGCAAGAUGCUUGGUAACAUCAAGUUCAUUGGGGAGCUCGGCAAGCUGGGUAUCGUGUCGGAGCCGAUUUUACAUCGUUGCAUCCAGCAGUUGCUGGAGAAGAAAAGGCGAGGGGGACCCCGGGGGGACGCCGCGGAGGAUAUCGAAUGUCUCUGCCAGAUUAUGCGUACCUGCGGCCGUAUCCUUGACUCGGAUAAGGGCCGCGGACUCAUGGAUCAGUAUUUCAAACGUAUGAACUCUCUGGCAGAGAGUAGGGAACUUCCUCUACGCAUUAAAUUCAUGCUGCGCGAUGUGAUUGAAUUACGCCGCGAUGAUUGGAAACCGCGCAAGGCCACGAGCACCGAAGGCCCGAUGCCGAUUAAUCAGAUCCGCAACGACAACGAGGAGACAUCGCGGGGAAACGGUUUCCACAGAGGACGAGAGGAUCGCCUCGGUGCGGAGUUUUUACGAAAAAUGGGACGAGGCGGAUUAGACGUGGAAAUGAUGGGAAGUAUACCACUGACUUCCCCCUCAUUCGGUAUGCCACCACCACCACCAUUCAGUCCGAAUGGAUUCGCGGGAACUCCUGGUGUUGGUUAUGGCCGUCAUAACCAACGUAAUCAGCCAGGAGGGGGCUACUAUCAAAACCAGAGUCGUCAUCAGAAUAAUUUCGAAGGAAAACGUAAUCAACCGCAACAUAAUUUACCGCAAAACUUUAACAACAACAGCAAUAAAGAACAACUUCGAUUCAACAAGAAUAAGAUGCUGAUCGGAGGACAACCGGAAGAAGUGUCUCUAAGACCCUCGGCUAAUUCGAUGAUGUUCAAACAAACCAACAUCAACUUGAACCUACCUCUCAACAAUGAUAUGUUCCCAGGACGGGGCUCAGACAUGCCUCUCUUACGUACUACCGCUCUGAAGCCCAGCUCACCUUUACUGCACAAAGAAACACCACCUGCUAUUGUGAUCAAACAAGGUCCUGUAGACAAACGGGAGAAGGCUAGGGACAGAAAAGACAAAGGACCGACACGGGAAGAAGUGCUGAAGAAGGUGAAUGCCUUAAUGGACGACCUAGCGUCCCAUACAAAUGUAUCGGACGCAAUAACAGCCUUCAAAGAUCUUAAGAUACCCGAACGAUUCCUACGUCACGCGAUUUGCACGGUGUAUUCGAAUACGUUGGAUCGUGGAGACUCUGAACGCGAGUUAGCUGCCAAACUCGUGGUUGAGUUAAAAAAGGAAAACUUGUUGACUCUGCAGCAAGUGAACGAAGGAUGGAAGGAAUUAGUGGCCAGUAUUUCGGAGAAGGAGAGCACCGUGCCUUUGGUAGCGUCUCACGUUGCCUUCUUGACAGCUAAGGCUAUAGUGGAUAAUUUAAUCCACUUGACGGAUCUCGCCUCGGAAACAGAAAACGGUCGUCAUCAUCCGCUGUUUCUGCUAACGCUACAACAACUCCACAAGACCCAGGGCAAGGCGAAACUCACGCAAAUCUUCAAUGACAGCAAGGUGGAUCUUAUUAGCCAACUGCCAGAAGCGGAGAAGACAAAGGAACGUUUGGGCGAGAUUUUGGAAGAUCGGGAAUUGACUUUCCUCUAUCCUCUUCUCAGAAUCCAGGGUGACAUGUGGCGUCAGCUAGAAGCUGAUCCGGCGCCCAACGCUCUUUACAAAUGGAUCAAAGAGAAGCUGGAUCCCCAACAUCAUUCUGAUCCUGCAUUCAUUAACGCUAUGAUGAAUGUACUUUUUAAAUACAUCACUGGGGAGACAACAUUGGCACCCGGUGUUGAUCCAACCGUAAAUCCAGAAAAACAACUACAAGAGAAGGAAAGUGCGUUACUGGGGAAAUAUUCACGCUUCAUUCGCACAUUCCUGACCACCAUCGACUCACAAGUUACGGCUCUUCAUGCGCUUCAAGUAUUUUGCUUCUCGCACAAUUUUCCAAAAGGGCUGCUACUACGAUGGUUUAUAGCACUCUACAAUCUUGAGGUCAUCGAAGAGGAAGCAUACCACAAGUGGAGAGACACCGUUACCGAUGCUUAUCCGGGCAAGGGCAAAGCAUUGUUCCAGGUAAAUUCCUGGCUAACUUGGCUUGCUGAAGCAUCAGAGGAAGAAGAGGAAGACGACGAGGAUGAGAAGAAUUAAUCGCAAGAGCGUUAUUCAGACUAUCUAUGAUUUGAAAUAGAAUUUUACUAUCUAUAUCGCUGAAUCACCGGAGGUGUUUCAGUUUUAUUAAUUGAGUUAUCAUCAUCCAGAAUUACAAACAUCUUGUCAGUCUGUCUCAAGCCCUCACGUGGUUGGAGAAAAACGGACUUUACAAUCAUGUCUGAAAGGAAUACGGUUUUUGUAGUCGACGAGUGGUAUACGACAGACGUUUCAAGCAAGACGUUUUAGAAUUUUUUUUUAGAUAAUUAAAUAUUGGUAUAAUUUAUAAAAUAUAAUAUUGGGCCAGCAGAUAUAAUCAAGAUACUACGCCACUGUAUGGUCGUCGGCGCAGAAAGCAAAAAAAAAAAAAGAAAAAAGCACGAGAAAAUUAAUCUGGUCAUUCUUGUGUUGUCCGAGUUUUUGUCUAGUAUUGUGCAUGUGUCACGUUUUGUAGGUAUCCUUUUUGUUCGCGGCAAUAAGUGGAGUCAUUUGUUAUCUCUGUGUACCAAGCAUUACAUUUAUUACGAGGAAUUAUUAAUAUGAUUAUUACUGAUUAUUAAUAUUAUUAUUAUUAAUUAUACAUAAUUGAUUAUCAAUAACCAAAAUAUAUUUACAUCUUUCUAAUGAAGACAAAGAAGGAAAAAUACGUCGAAAUUAAUCAGAAGCAAAGGGCCGAUUUAGUAGUGUACGUAAAUCUCAAAGAGUGAAGCACUUUUCUUUUCGAAAUCCUUAGAUCGCAGUUUAUAGAUACACCAAGUACGAGCGUUAUUACUACUAAGUUAAAACGAAAGCGAGGAAAAGUGAGAAACUCGGUUUGUCCGUGUAUCUACUUGCUGCGCUAUUUGAUUCUAAUAAGUACUAAUUAAUUACAGUUAUAAUAACAACCAGCAGCCAACAUCACAUCCAUUUAACGUAAUAAUUAGCGAACACUAGUGGUGACACGACUAAAACUCGUAUUUAAAAGGAAAAAAAGAAUAAAAUAUGCCUUGGUGUAAUUUAUUACAGAUGGCCCUCUGGUUGUUACGUUGAUGACCGAUUACCACCACCAUUACCUCACCUCACCUCACCUCACCUCACUUCACUUCACCUCACCACUUCACAUUUCCUGCCUUACACACAAAUACACACAUACACACAAUGAUUUUUGAUAUUUCGCUCGAUCACCGAAUACAAAGAGAUCAAUGCGCGCAAAAUUAUCAUCACGUAUUUGAUCGAGAUAAAUGGAUGGAGAACAAUUGUGUAUCUCCCGCACCGUCGCCGAAUUGCAGUUGAUAAUUUUCAAAUCGGCUCGAGACGCCAGCAAUUGAAAAAAAGCCGGAAGUUGCGUGCAAUAAUAUGUCGCGUCGAUAUUUUGCGCGAUCAAUUUUUUUUUCUCUCUUCGUCCGAAACGAAGAUACAUAGCUCCUAUAUACUCAGCGUCUUUCGUUUUUCUUCCGUAGUAACUGGCUAGUGUUCCUAUUAUCAAACUUGUAAAACUAAGUGAGUGUGUAGAAACUGAAUACCCGGCGCCGAGAAAAUUUGGGUACGGUUUUGUUGUCGUUAUAAGAUAUUGUACAUACGUAUUUCUGAUUGUUCCAUGGUUUCUACGUAACUUUAUCGCCGGACUGGAAAUGUUUCCUUCUCUCCGUACGGCGUCUCUUUAAAAAAAAAAGGAAAACAACGGAAAAAAGAUGUUAGAUCAAAGCGUCGGUCGGUUAAGACUCGCAUCUCCGUUACUUCAUCCAAAUAUGUCAUACUGUCAUACAUUAUUCACGAGCCAGUUUUGACGACAGCACUCGGAUACACACGUGCGUCGAAUGUGUUAAAACCAGAAUUUUUCUUCGCAACCGAAGCGGCGUAUAAAUAAGUAGGUCCUAAUGUGACAACACUCAAUUCGUCGGAGAGAUUGGCGAUAGGAUGGUAGCGUAUUAUUCGCGACACGUCCUCAUUUCUACCUUGAUCCAAGGAAUGUUAAAAUUGGAUCGAUUUCCCAUUCGUAGCGAUUUCGAGAGGCACACGCCGGCCACGUUGCCUGCGACGGGGGGAGAAAAAAGUCCCUUCGCACGCGUGGGAGAAUAAAAAGAAAAUGUAACACCAUUAUAAUAUGUUAGCGGAUUACAUUCGUACAUUCAUUAUGUUUCCCGUCGACCAACGUUCAUGUCUAUUUACCGAAUUACAAACGCAUAUAUGUGGGUACAUCUCGUCGCCGUUUCGCAAGAGAGUAACUGUGUGCGUGUAUGCAUGCGUGUACCUGGACAUCGUUAAUUUACUUUCUCACGCGUAACUACGCCGCCGAUCAGCCUUUUUUUUGAUCGAGCGUAGUUAUAAUCGCAUACCGAUUGAUCCAUGUGUAAUGUCUCCAAUAUUAUUUCGCGAAUAAUCGAGCCACAUUAUGUAGAAUCUUAGUGUGUUUCGCUCCCCCUCCCUCUCCCAGAUAUUAAAACGCAUUUAAUAUUAACUUCCCCCUCCCCGAUUUUAAAAACGCAUCUCUUUUAUUUCUAUCAAUAAAAACUGUUCCUAGGACCA